AGAAACUGCUCCUGCCAGAACGGCGCUUGGCGUGGCGCGGCACGGCCCGGAGCGGCGGCGGCGGCGGCGGCGGCUCUUCCUGACUCCUCGCCCGGGAGUUGGCGGCGCUUUUUGACAGAAAAAAGCCGAGAAGGGGCCUCCGGGAGGACUCGCCGAGAGCGGGCCGAGACGUCCCAGCCCCCUGCCGGCCGGGCGGCCCCGCGUGUCCCCCGCCUCGGGUCCAUCACUACCCUGCGCCCCUCCUUUCCGCCUCUCUUCGCUCUGCCUCUCUCGAUUUAUUUUUUCAAACGGUGUGGCCGCCAGAGGUGCGGAGCUAAAUUCUUGGAAGGGGCCCGGAUGUACUGAGGAUGCAUUACAACCUCGCUAAGGGAGGCAGUAGUGGAAAGGAGCAGUUUUGGGUAUUUGAUGCAAUAAUGGGAAUCAGGUAAUCGUCUGAGGGAAGAAGAAAUACUGCAGACCCACGGCUUCCUUGAAUUUUGCACAAGAGCCACCGACCUCGGAGGAGGGAUUAAUCCAGACCCGCUUGGGGGUGUUUUUACAUUUCUGCCUCUUCGUGGCUUCUCCUUUUAAAGCAAUUGUUGGUCAAUGGUCAAUGAAAAUACGAGGAUGUACAUUCCAGAGGAAAAUCACCAAGGUUCCAACUAUGGGAGCCCGCGCCCUGCUCAUGCCAACAUGAAUGCCAACGCGGCCGCAGGGCUGGCCCCCGAACACAUCCCCACCCCGGGGGCCGCCCUGUCCUGGCAGGCGGCCAUCGAUGCGGCCCGGCAGGCCAAGCUGAUGGGCAGUGCUGGCAAUGCCACCAUCAGCACAAUCAGCUCUACGCAGCGGAAGCGGCAGCAGUACGGGAAGCCCAAGAAGCAGGGCAGCACAACGGCCACACGCCCGCCCCGGGCCCUGCUCUGCCUGACCCUGAAGAACCCCAUCCGGAGGGCGUGCAUCAGCAUCGUGGAGUGGAAACCAUUUGAAAUAAUUAUUUUACUGACUAUUUUUGCCAAUUGUGUGGCCUUAGCGAUCUAUAUUCCCUUUCCAGAAGAUGAUUCCAAUGCCACCAAUUCCAAUCUGGAACGAGUGGAAUAUCUCUUUCUCAUAAUUUUUACUGUGGAAGCAUUUUUAAAAGUAAUAGCAUAUGGACUUCUCUUUCACCCUAACGCUUACCUCCGCAACGGUUGGAAUUUACUAGAUUUUAUAAUUGUGGUUGUAGGGCUUUUUAGUGCAAUUUUAGAACAAGCAACCAAAGCAGACGGGGCAAACGCUCUAGGAGGGAAAGGGGCUGGAUUCGACGUGAAGGCGCUGAGGGCCUUCCGCGUGCUGCGCCCUUUGCGGCUGGUGUCUGGUGUCCCGAGUCUGCAGGUGGUUCUGAACUCCAUCAUCAAGGCCAUGGUCCCCCUGCUACACAUUGCCCUGCUCGUGCUUUUCGUCAUCAUCAUCUACGCCAUCAUCGGCCUGGAGCUCUUCAUGGGCAAGAUGCAUAAGACGUGCUACAACCAGGAGGGCAUCGCAGAUGUUCCAGCAGAAGAUGACCCUUCUCCUUGUGCACUGGAGACAGGACACGGGCGGCAGUGCCAGAACGGCACAGUGUGCAAGCCUGGCUGGGAUGGACCCAAGCACGGCAUCACCAACUUUGACAAUUUUGCCUUCGCCAUGCUGACCGUGUUCCAGUGCAUCACCAUGGAGGGCUGGACAGACGUGCUGUACUGGAUGCAGGACGCUAUGGGCUAUGAGUUACCCUGGGUGUAUUUUGUCAGUCUGGUCAUCUUUGGAUCCUUUUUCGUUCUAAAUCUGGUUCUCGGUGUGUUGAGCGGAGAGUUUUCCAAAGAGAGGGAGAAGGCCAAGGCUCGGGGAGAUUUCCAAAAGCUGCGGGAGAAACAGCAGCUGGAAGAAGAUCUCAAAGGCUACCUGGACUGGAUCACUCAGGCAGAAGACAUCGACCCCGAGAAUGAGGACGAAGGCAUGGAUGAGGAGAAACCCCGAAACAGAAGCACUCCGGCGGGCUUGCUUGAUCAGAAGAAAGGGAAGUUUGCUUGGUUUAGUCACUCCACAGAAACCCAUGUGAGCAUGCCCACCAGUGAGACCGAGUCCGUCAACACCGAAAAUGUGGCUGGAGGUGACAUCGAGGGCGAAAACUGCGGGGCCAGGCUGGCCCACCGGAUCUCCAAAUCAAAGUUCAGCCGAUACUGGCGCCGAUGGAAUCGGUUCUGCAGAAGAAAGUGCCGUGCUGCAGUCAAGUCCAACAUCUUCUACUGGCUGGUGAUUUUCCUGGUCUUCCUCAACACUCUCACUAUCGCCUCUGAGCAUUACAACCAGCCCCACUGGCUCACGGAAGUCCAAGACACGGCCAACAAGGCCUUGCUGGCGCUCUUCACGGCAGAGAUGCUCCUGAAGAUGUACAGCCUGGGCCUGCAGGCCUACUUUGUGUCCCUCUUCAACCGCUUUGACUGCUUCAUCGUGUGUGGGGGCAUCCUGGAGACCAUCCUGGUGGAGACCAAGGUCAUGUCUCCCCUGGGCAUCUCUGUGCUGCGAUGUGUCCGGCUGCUGAGGAUUUUCAAGAUCACAAGGUACUGGAACUCCUUGAGCAACCUGGUGGCAUCCUUGCUCAACUCUGUGCGCUCCAUUGCCUCCCUCCUCCUUCUCCUCUUCCUCUUCAUCAUCAUCUUCUCCCUCCUGGGGAUGCAACUCUUUGGGGGAAAGUUCAACUUUGAUGAGAUGCAGACCCGCAGGAGCACCUUUGACAACUUCCCCCAGUCUCUCCUCACUGUGUUUCAGAUCCUGACCGGGGAGGACUGGAAUUCGGUGAUGUAUGAUGGGAUCAUGGCUUAUGGCGGCCCCUCUUUUCCAGGGAUGUUAGUCUGUAUUUACUUCAUCAUCCUCUUCAUCUGUGGAAAUUAUAUCCUACUAAACGUGUUCUUGGCCAUUGCUGUGGACAACCUGGCUGAUGCUGAGAGCCUCACAUCUGCCCAAAAGGAGGAGGAAGAAGAGAAGGAGAGGAAAAAGCUGGCCAGGACUGCCAGCCCAGAGAAGAAACAAGAGGUGGUAGAGAAGCCAGUCGUGGAGGAAGCCAAGGAAGAGAAGAUUGAGCUGAAAUCAAUUACAGCUGAUGGAGAGUCUCCACCCACCACCAAGAUCAACAUGGACAACCUCCAGCCCAAUGAAAAUGAGGAUAAGAGUCCCUACCCCAACCCAGAAACUGCAGAAGAGGAUGAGGAGGAGCCAGAGAUGCCUGUCGGCCCCCGCCCACGACCGCUCUCUGAGCUGCACCUGAAGGAGAAGGCAGUCCCCAUGCCAGAAGCCAGUGCAUUUUUCAUCUUCAGCCCCAACAACAGGUUCCGCCUCCAGUGCCACCGCAUCGUCAAUGACACGAUCUUCACCAACCUGAUCCUCUUCUUCAUUCUGCUCAGCAGCAUUUCCCUGGCUGCCGAGGACCCUGUCCAGCACACCUCCUUCAGGAACCACAUUCUGUUUUAUUUUGAUAUUGUUUUUACCACCAUUUUCACCAUUGAAAUUGCUCUGAAGAUCCUAGGCAAUGCAGACUAUGUCUUCACUAGUAUCUUUACGUUAGAAAUUAUCCUUAAGAUGACUGCCUAUGGGGCGUUUCUACACAAGGGCUCUUUCUGCCGGAACUACUUCAACAUCCUGGACCUGCUGGUGGUCAGCGUGUCCCUCAUCUCCUUUGGCAUCCAGUCCAGUGCCAUCAAUGUCGUGAAGAUCUUGCGAGUUCUGCGAGUGCUCAGGCCCCUGAGGGCCAUCAACAGGGCCAAGGGGCUAAAGCAUGUGGUUCAGUGCGUGUUUGUCGCCAUCCGCACCAUCGGGAACAUCGUGAUUGUCACUACGCUGCUGCAGUUCAUGUUCGCCUGCAUCGGGGUCCAGCUCUUCAAGGGGAAGCUCUACACCUGCUCAGACAGUUCCAAGCAGACCGAGGCAGAAUGCAAGGGUAACUACAUCACAUACAAGGACGGGGAGGUUGACCACCCCAUCAUCCAGCCCCGAAGCUGGGAGAAUAGCAAGUUCGACUUCGACAAUGUCCUAGCGGCCAUGAUGGCCCUCUUCACAGUCUCGACCUUCGAGGGGUGGCCAGAGCUGCUGUACCGCUCCAUCGACUCCCACACGGAAGACAAGGGCCCUAUCUACAACUACCGCGUGGAGAUCUCCAUCUUCUUCAUCAUCUACAUCAUCAUCAUUGCCUUCUUCAUGAUGAACAUCUUCGUGGGUUUCGUCAUUGUCACCUUCCAGGAGCAGGGCGAGCAGGAGUACAAGAACUGUGAGCUGGACAAGAACCAGCGACAGUGUGUGGAGUAUGCCCUCAAGGCCCGGCCCCUGCGAAGGUACAUCCCCAAGAACCAGCACCAGUACAAAGUGUGGUAUGUGGUCAACUCCACCUACUUCGAGUACCUGAUGUUCGUCCUCAUCCUGCUCAACACCAUCUGCCUGGCCAUGCAGCACUACGGCCAGAGUUGCCUGUUCAAAAUCGCCAUGAACAUCCUCAACAUGCUUUUCACUGGCCUCUUCACUGUGGAGAUGAUUCUGAAGCUCAUUGCCUUUAAACCCAAGCACUAUUUCUGUGAUGCAUGGAAUACAUUUGACGCCUUGAUUGUUGUGGGUAGCAUUGUUGAUAUAGCAAUCACCGAGGUAAACCCAGCUGAACAUACCCAAUGCUCUCCCUCUAUGAGCGCAGAGGAAAACUCCCGCAUCUCCAUCACCUUCUUCCGCCUCUUCCGGGUCAUGCGCCUGGUGAAGCUGCUGAGCCGUGGAGAGGGUAUCCGGACCCUGCUGUGGACCUUCAUCAAGUCCUUCCAGGCCCUGCCCUACGUGGCCCUCCUGAUCGUGAUGCUGUUCUUCAUCUACGCCGUGAUCGGGAUGCAGGUGUUUGGAAAAAUUGCCCUGAAUGACACCACAGAGAUCAACCGGAACAACAACUUUCAGACCUUCCCCCAGGCUGUGCUCCUUCUGUUCAGGUGUGCCACUGGAGAGGCCUGGCAGGACAUCAUGCUGGCCUGCAUGCCAGGCAAGAAAUGCGCCCCAGAGUCCGAGCCCAGCAACAGCACGGAAGGGGAGGCCCCCUGCGGCAGCAGCUUUGCCGUCUUCUACUUCAUCAGCUUCUACAUGCUCUGUGCCUUCCUGAUCAUCAACCUCUUUGUAGCUGUCAUCAUGGACAACUUUGACUACCUGACCAGGGACUGGUCCAUCCUUGGUCCCCACCACCUGGAUGAAUUUAAAAGAAUUUGGGCAGAGUAUGACCCUGAAGCCAAGGGUCGUAUCAAACACCUAGAUGUGGUGACCCUCCUCCGGCGGAUUCAGCCUCCCCUGGGCUUUGGGAAGCUGUGCCCUCACCGCGUGGCUUGCAAACGCCUGGUAUCUAUGAACAUGCCUCUGAACAGUGAUGGGACAGUCAUGUUCAAUGCCACCCUGUUUGCCCUGGUCAGGACAGCCCUGAGGAUCAAAACAGAAGGGAACCUGGAGCAGGCCAACGAGGAGUUGCGGGCCAUAAUCAAGAAGAUCUGGAAGCGGACCAGCAUGAAGCUGCUGGACCAGGUGGUGCCCCCUGCAGGCGAUGAUGAGGUCACAGUUGGCAAGUUCUAUGCCACUUUCCUGAUCCAAGAGUACUUCCGGAAAUUCAAGAAGCGCAAAGAGCAGGGCCUUGUGGGCAAGCCCUCCCAGAGGAACGCCCUGUCCCUACAGGCUGGCUUGCGCACACUGCAUGACAUCGGGCCUGAGAUCCGUCGGGCCAUCUCUGGAGAUCUGACUGCUGAGGAAGAGUUGGACAAGGCAAUGAAAGAGGCUGUGUCUGCAGCCUCUGAAGAUGACAUCUUCAGGAGGGCUGGUGGCCUGUUUGGCAACCACGUCAGCUACUACCAAAGUGACAGCCGGAGCUCCUUCCCCCAGACCUUCACCACCCAGCGCCCACUGCACAUCAACAAGGCGGGCAACAGCCAAGGUGACACCGAGUCACCCUCCCACGAGAAGCUGGUGGACUCCACCUUCACCCCCAGCAGCUACUCAUCCACGGGCUCCAAUGCCAACAUUAACAAUGCCAACAACACAGCCCUGGGCCGCCGGCCCCGGCCUGCCGGCCCACCCAGCACUGUCAGCACCGUGGAGGGCCAUGGGACGCCCCUGUCCCCCACCGUGCGUGUGCAGGAAGCAGCGUGGAGGCUCAGUUCCAAGAGGUGCCACUCCCGGGACAGCCAAAUAGCCAUGGUGUGCCCGGAGGAGGUGUUUCCUGGCGAGACCUAUGAAGUCAAGGUGACUGAAGACACGGAAUCCUGCAGCGAGCCCAGCCUGCUCUCCACAGACAUGCUUUCCUAUCAAGAUGAUGAAAAUCGGCAGCUGACUCCCCCAGAGGACAAGAGGGAUAUUCGGCAGUCCCCGAAGAGGGGCUUCCUUCGCUCUGCCUCACUAGGUCGAAGGGCCUCAUUCCACCUAGAAUGUCUGAAACGACAGAAGAACCAGGGGGGAGACAUCUCUCAGAAGACGGUCCUGCCCUUGCACCUGGUUCAUCAUCAGGCGUUGGCAGUGGCAGGCCUGAGCCCCCUCCUCCAGAGAAGCCAUUCCCCCACCUCAGCCCCCAGGCCAUUCGCCACGCCCCCUGCCACUCCGGGCAGCCGUGGCUGGCCCCCACAGCCCAUCCCCACCCUGCGGCUGGAGGGGGCCGAGUCCAGCGAGAAGCUCAACAGCAGCUUCCCAUCCAUCCACUGCGGCUCCUGGGCUGAGGGGCCAGUCCCCUGUGGUGGGGGCAGCAGCGUCACCCGGAGGGCCCGGCCUGUCUCCCUCACGGUGCCCAGCCAGGCCGGGGCGCGGGGCGGGCAGUUCCACGGCAGUGCCAGCAGCCUGGUGGAAGCGGUCUUGAUUUCAGAAGGACUGGGGCAGUUUGCACAGGACCCCAAGUUCAUCGAGGUCACAACCCAGGAGCUGGCCGAUGCCUGCGACAUGACAAUAGAGGAGAUGGAGAGUGCGGCUGACAACAUCCUCAGUGGGGGCGCCCAGCAGAGCCCCAAUGGCACCCUCUUACCUUUUGUGAACUGCAGGGACCCGGGGCAGGACCGAGCAGGGGGCGAGGAGGACGAGAGCUGUGCACGCGCCCUGGGGCGUCAGCAGAGUGAGGAGGAGCUCCAGGACAGCAGGGUCUAUGUCAGCAGCCUGUAGUUGCCAGGGCUGGGGAGAUGCUGGGUUUUUUAUUUGUUUCAAUGUUCCUAAUGGGUUCGUUUCAGAAGUGCCUCACUGUUCUCGUGACCUGGAGUUAACCGGAACAGCGUCUUCAUUCAUUUCUGUCGGGACAAGACGCAGAGUUGGGUGGUGUGGAGAGUGCAUUUUCAGGGGAAGAGCGGCAGCAGCCGGUUUGUGUGCACAGAGGCAGAGUGCUGAGGAGGCAGCAGAGAGGGGGCAGGAGAGGCAGGGGACACGGGGACCUCUCCUUACAUUUCAGGCCCUGCCACGGGAGCCAGCAGCCACUGCUGGGCGGGAGAGAGAACCUCAGCGUCCUGCAGUAGCCCUCACCAAAAGGACCCUGUGUCAAACGGGUGUCUUUCAACUUUGCUUGUAAAAAAAAAAAAAUCAUUUGCGCAUAUUCUGUAUGAGCCUGGCUGUCUCCAGAGAGCCAGGGCCCUGUGGAUUUGGAGAAGGGAGCAGGCAGGACUUCCAGCGAGGAUCCCAGCCCACCUCAGAGAGGGAAGAGGAAGCCAGAGGCUGGAGGGCCCCAGGACCAGGGAGGCAGUGCAGCAUCACCCCACAUCCCCACACAGUGGCAGCAGCCCAGCCACCUCUGCCCGCUGCAACAGGAUCUCUUAACCCUACAGAAGCCACACUGAGCUCCAGACCAGCAGUCGGGCCAACAGGCAGCGAGGACGGAGCUGGCCACCGGGGAAGGGCCCACCAGCCCUCCACGGACAGGUGGUGCUGAGCUUCUGUUGAGUGCUCCUUUGUUUUGUGGUUUGACACUUUUCUUGACAGCAUGUUGCAGUUUUCUUUUCCUUUUCUUUUCUUUCUUCUUCAUUUUUUUUUUUGGUGGUUUUUUUUUUUAAUUUUGUUUUCCCAGGGGGAGGGGAGGAAGAAGAGUGUUUACAAAGUUCUGUAGCCACCCAACUUCUUGUUUUCACUUUUGCAAAUGUAAAUCAGGUUUGGUUUUAUUGUAUUAUUUAAAUAGUUGUGGUUUCCUUUUUCCACGGAGGGGUCAAUAGAAGCCACCAACUGUGUAUGUCCAAUAAUUUGUUAUAAUUUCCUUAGGUACUAAUGAUUUUUUUCUAGUUUGGUUGCAUAAUUUAAAGGUUUGGCAAUGCACUUGAUAGGAUCUUGCACAUAUGGGCGAUUGGGUUAGGUUCCUUUUUAUGCUGGGUGUACAGGUGGGUGCAGGAGAGAGAGAGUCUCUGUGACUGCGUGUGUAUGCCAGUGGUUGUCCGUGUGCAUGUCCCAUGGGUGGACGUGCACCCACACGUGUGCCUGUGCACACCAGUGAAUGUGCAGUUCCCCCCUUGUGGUUUAACUGUGGGGAGAUCUGAAUCUGGAGCCAUUGAAAGCAAAAACAAACCACUAUCUCUGCUUCUGAAACGGGAAUCAAUAACUUUGCAUUUUCUGUCCCACAAGAUAUGCAAAAACAAUGCAAUAAUAUUCAUUUUAAAAAUACAAUUGUGAGUUGUGUUGGCAUUAAAACUGUAUUAAAAAAACACACAGAAAUUUAAGGGAAAAAGCUCAAGAAAGCAUUUUGCUUCGAUAUAUUCCGUGUAAUGUUUUAUUGCAUUGAUAAUGUUUCUGUUGAAGAAACCGUUAUACUUGAAUUCAGGUCAGUUUCAGUAUUUUUCAAAUAUUUUUUUAAAAACUGAAUUGCAAUUGUGCCAAGCGAAUAUAAUGAAUUAAGUUUGUUUUUGAAUUCACUUCUUGUAUAUUUUGCUGCAUGUAAAGUAAAUCAUUUUGUAUUUGGAGUGUGACAAGCUUUACCUUUGACCUCUUAAGUGCUUUUCUAUAUGUGGUUGGGGGAAAGGGAAUGAUUUUUCUUUUAAUUUGUACUAAUGAGCAAAAAUACCACCAGUGUCAGUCAUUAAUCCACAAACAGGUUUGGACAUUACUGUUUUGCAUAUCUUGUGUUCUCUUCCAUUUCCUUCAAUUUUUCCAAAAUCCUAUGAUAAGUGUAUUCAUACCAUCGCUUGCUUUGAGAGCCCAGGACAUAUUUUAUUCCAGUCUUCACGAUCUGCUCUGCUCAGGCUCUCUGGCUGGGCCUUCUCCAGGAAGAGCCCUUCACCCUGAGCAGUGGGAGGCAUCUGCCCAGCCUUAGUCACCAAGCUGGCAGCAGCAGCCCCACAGCAGCCACGGCUGACCAUCCAUUUAUUCCCAGCACAGAUGUUUCUCAUUGGUUUCCUCAGGAAAGCGUACACUGACUAAGAGGACGGAAUUAAGGUUGGACUGGCUGGAGGGAGGGGCAUCCUGCUCUGCAUCCUCUGGCAGCUGCUCUGCAUCCAUGCGGACAGCAGUGGCUUGAGAAAGGCAGGUGGGUGAAAGCGAGCCAUCCCGCAGCCACCUCUGCCAGGCUCUUCCUCCAUCUCUUCCUCACUCCAGAGCAGGCUUUACCCCAGACCCAUCCUCACGCACGUGGAGGGGACAGGACAGGGAGGAAGCAGCUAGAGGUCAUAUUGCUGGCGGAAAUAAAUCUUCUGGGGGCUUAUACCUAGAAUAUCACUCCCUGGGUGCUGUGUCCUUCAGAUAAAUUUCAACAACGAUGGCUGAGAAGGGGCUGCUUUGGGGGAAAAUGGGCCUCAACCAUUCACCCAGAACUUACCCAUUAAAUCUCUUCAGGCCCAGUGCUUUCUCAGCCCCUCUCGGCACUUAUAAGAGCAAGCUAGAAAUUAAAGUAAGGGACAGUCCAUUCCUCAGUGACAACCGGUUGCUUUUUCAUGGACUGAUUCAUUAAAAGUAAAGAAAUGUGCUGGACACUCCCAGGUCAAUCAAUGUAGCUCUAGAAACAGUUUCUUCAUGAUACUUCAGCCCAACCCAUCCAGACUUUCUUGGUCCCUUCUCAGUGCCAGCAAGGUCUUCUAGAGUUGAGUUUAGGUUUCAUCUUUGGUCCUGUUUCCCCAAACUGUACUAAGAUUCUAGUUAUGAUGGAGAGAGGAGCCCUUUUGAACUAAUGUCUGAUUCUUGUGAACAUUUGCCCUCUGGAUAAUGAAUCUGGGAGUUUUGACUGACCACACACCGUCUCUCUCAACUUUUUCUGCUGCCUUCUAUUUUCCUUUGGAACUUUUCAUUUGCAUCACCAGGUCUCACUGACUAGUGCCCAGUGGCAUGGGCUAAAAGCCAGGUUCAAGCCAGCUGCGCCCCAGGGUCCUGCCUGGCCAGCAUGAUCCCCUUACCCCCACAGGCUCCUUCUCUGUCAGCUGUGACAAGGGCACCGUGCCCUGUGCUGCUGUGAAGGACAGUGGAUCUUCCCUAGCCUGACCCUGAUAGACCAGUGUAAGACUCACAUGGGAUGCCUGUCAUCAUGACACAUUGGUACGAGUCAUGCAAUCUGCAAACUGCAUCCCCACAGCAAUAGGUGAUGUCUGCUCUCCACCAAAAAUGGAAUUGUCAAAUCUUCCAUAGCCCUCCUGACAACCUCUAGGAGGCUGAGGGCCAAAAGGACUUGAAGAAGUGUAGUUUAAAGGCUGUAGUUUGGUGAACUUGAUUUUCAUUUGUUCUCUGACCAGCCCUGCCUCUUUUAUUUUUCACACCUUGGUCAUGGAUUAUCUAUUCACGUGCCUGGCCACAUGAAGCAGAAAGAUCUCCAGCUGUCUACUUUCUGCCUAUUCCUACAAAGUUCUUUUUGUCUUGAGGUCCUAGGUUUUGGCUUGAUUCAUGAAUUUUUCCCUGCUUUGAUUCAGAGCUAUUAUAGCUGCCUUCCUUCUUAUUACCCAAUAGGCUUCCCUGUGUCUGGGAAAUCCAGUCAAAGGAACAGACUAUUACCUCAUCCUCCUGUUUGCUUGUCUGGAGGGAAGCUGCCUGUCACUUCCUCCCAGCCAUCCUCCCUCCAAAACUCCUGACUGUCCAGGUGAAGAGGGGAAGGCAACCAUAGGAGAGGUAGACCUCGCCACACCAAAGUUAACAUCUUUCUGAGAAAUAAGAAUACUCUGAAAAGGAGGAGUGUGAAAGUCAACAAAAGGAUGAAGGCAUCUUUAUAUAAGCCGGUUGACACAUGCCCAUCACUCCUAAAGGCAAAGAAACAGAACAAGAAUUUAUACUAGGGAUGGAGUAGAACCCUAGUAAUCGGGGCUUUAGCCGCAUCAAACCGUAAUUGUAAAAGUUGCGAAAGAAUGAUGGCAAUUCCAUCCCUAGGGGCCUCAGAUAAUUAAAAUAUCAUUGUCUAGGAGUUAGAAGUAAUUUAACAAAGAGAUCAAGGAAAGGGCCAUCUGGCUUCUUUUAAGCUCCACAGGAGUCAAAAACUUGCUGUGAAUGUCUGGGCUUAUUCUGUUUUUGUAAAGAGAACCUGGCUCUGGGGAAAAUGCCAGCACUGAGAGGACCAGAGGGAGUAGGCAAAGGGCAUAUUUUGGCUCUGUAUGUGUCUGUUCCCAUUCUAUGGAAAAACAUGUUCAGCUCAGCCACCAGCAGUGAGCAGGCUGGCAAAGCACCUGAUGCCCCAGGAUCUCCUCAGGAAUAUGAGAAAAAGAUACCUUUUCAAUCUAGUGCUGUUCUCCCAGCCUUAUCACCCUACCUGGCUGGCCUUAGCAGGAGGGGAAGCCCUAAUCUGACCCAUGGUGGGGCUCUCGGUUACCCAGUCACCUGAGUCCAGUUCUGCUGUGGUUGCGUUUUGAGGACAUAGAAGGGGAAGAUCAGAGGGAAAGAAGUGCCCUGUGGUCAACAGCCCUCCCUCUUCCUGCCCCCUUCCCCCAGCCUAGCCAGGGUGGCAGCAAGGGACGGGGGACUCGUGUGCAGAUGCUGACACAGUUUCUUUGUGAAGCCACUUCUGGUUUUCGCUUUAUUUAUUUAUUUAUUUUUAUUUCAAAGCAAUAAAACAUUGCUUUGCAGAGCCAGACACCAAUACAACAGGUAAAUGGGUUUCUGCCAGGUUUUUGCAUUGUUGGGGAAACACUCAAACAGCCCCCGCCCCCCACUCCCUCCACACACAUACCCUUAAGGCCCGAGGGCUGGGAUUGAGCCCUAGGUAAGGGACCUUCCUCCUCCCAGAGAGGACACAGAAUCAGCGACCUCUUCAGGUGGAAAUUAGUGCCCUCGGAACCUAUUUUUAUUAUGAAGUAAAUAUUAUUUAUCUACAUUGAAAAAAUACUACUACUAAAAUCAACUUUUUCUCAGAUGACUUUAAGAGGAUUGAUCCAAAGCACAUGAAGUGGCAAAGACCCUUGCUCUUUCUGCUAUGUUAGAAAAGACUUUUUAUCAGUCUCCCAAGGAUAUUUGAGAUGGCAGCUGAAUGAAUCAAGCACAAUGAAUCAGUUCAACACUGAGAGUAGAGUCAGAGUUGGGGUUUUCCAUGAAAAUCCUCUCACAUCUCUGCUACGAACAAUAAGGAAGACAAAACAAAGUCUAGGUAAUUAAACGAGUUUGAAAUAGGACGUCUCCAGAGCCACAUCCUCUCCCUUUAGAUCAGAUACUGGCCACUUAACAGAUGCACCCUACCUUUGUGGGGCAUCCCUUACACCGCAGUUUUCAGAAUCUAAGUAAUUUAACUUUGUAGGGUUCCCGGAAAGGAUAACAUGCCACUUCACCUGACAUAAACCAGACAUGUCCUACAAAUGUGCCAUCUAAAAAUCACUUAUGCACUUAAAACCGAGGUCAUUAUCAGAGAAAUUUGAGUGAAAGACGUAAAAGAGGAUACUUUUCUGUGUGAGGAAAUUCAGACAUGGACAAAAUGGCUCUUAAUCAUUGUGUGGGCCUGAGAAUCUCUGUUCCUGUGUUCUCGGAGCCCUGCUAUUUGUAACCAGGGUAAAGAAGGAGUCUUUGCCCAGGGCACCUGCACCUGCUGGUUCCAGACGCCCUUUGUGAAGUCUCUCCUAAGCCCUUAGCCUGGGGAAGAGAGAAGAGAGGCUCUUUUCUGUACAAGCAUGGUCACUGGGUCUUGUUCCAAAACCCCACCCCCAAGACUUCCCAACAUGGAGAAACUACACCAGGGAAAAAGGGAAAGGGAAAAUAAAACCUGAGAAUCAAGGGCAGAUGAUUUGUAAACACCAGUUCCUGGGUAAAUGGCUUCCUGAGAAGGUGUCCAGCAACCCAAAUGCUGUGGGCACUUUCUGCUUCCACACAUCAUGCCUUCCACCCACCCACCUGCCAAGCUUCCCCCACCUGGAAUCCAUCCCUUAACUUCCCUGUAGACUAUCCGUGGCCUCUUCUCUGCAUUCUGCCUGCCCAGAUCCCUGUGGGAUGAGGCCUGGCCUGGCCUGAAAUAGGCCAUGAGGAGCAAAGGGACUGUGAUGGUAGUGGAUGGGAAUAACCUGUGGGAAAACACACGCGUCCAUUAAGAAAUAGGGUGACUGGUCCCCCCUAGGGAAGCACUGGAAUGUCUAUUACUCUCAUACUAUUGCUGUUUUAUUUUAAUACACCAGAGCUAACAAGCAAAACUCCCCUCCAUGUGAAAGGCUCCUAACAAAUCUCCUCGGUCCCUCCCCUCCGCGUGUCCUGCUGCUCAGACCCACCUUCGUGCCCCCAAACCACUCUGUGUCAUGCCUGUUACAGAGGCACAAAACAGCGACAGUGCCUCCAUUGUCACCACCCCCACACACCUGUACACCCCAUGCCUCCCCCUCCAGGCUCCACGACUUCACAGUCUUACUGUUGUAAAUACUGUUGUACAGUUUGUAAUCGUCAAAUAAUCCCGUCGUCAAAGGCCUCGCCUGCUGCGCCUUCUCACCCCGAGAAAGGCCAGGGAAUCUAGAAGGGGCAACCUUUCAAGGAGAGCUUCAGGGUCAUCUCUGUGUGAGACGCUAUUGUAUAUUCCUGUAAGAUUGCAUUUUUAUCUAAGGAAUGAUGUUAUUUAAAAAACAAACAAAAAAUACAAAAAAUAAGAAUUGCAAAUAAAUUUCUUAACAAUGUC